CAUUCCCAGCUUCCGGCGUGAACGGAAGGCAGCGGAAGUGUGCCAACUGUCGUGAAAGCACAUCGACGCAGAAAGCCGCAAGUAGGACUAAUAAGUCACUCUUAUUAUUUGUUCUCCAGUUUGAAAUAUUUACGGCCUAUAAAAUACAUCUUUGAUUCUUUAGUAAAGGAUAAAGUGGUCUCGAUGCGCUAGAAGCACUGUGCCGCUUCUCGUGCUAUCUUUGCUUGUUAGUUAGCUUAGCUGGCUAGUUAGCUUAGCUUGUUAGCUGCUAACAAAGAGACGAGGACGUUAUCAACACAUCGCUAAGUAGAGAUCAAGUGUGAGAGUAAAGUGUUGUGAUUGUGUGAAAAUGUGCGAAAGAAGGAUAGCAAAGUAUGAGGAGGAACUUUGUCCAACAAAAGAGGAGGACGAGCGACAACGUCAACUACUGGACGUUUAUUAUAAGAAACAUCAUCAAGUUGUGUUACACAGAACAGACCUCGAUGAAGAACAUCUUCCUCGUGAGCAGGAGGUGGAACCACAGUACCCCCACAUACACAAGGAAGAAGGGGUACCACAUUCCCAACACAUCAAAGAGGGAGGAGAGGAGCCACAGCCCCCCCACAUUAAAGAGGAAGACGAGAAGCCACAGACCCAUAAUGUUAAACUGACCCUUCACAUUAAAGGGCAAGCGGAGGACCCACUGAACUUACACAUCAAAAAGGAAGAGGAGGACUCACUGACCCCCAACUUUAAAGAGGAAGAGGAGGACAAAGAGCCGCCGCAGAUUAAAGAGGAAGAGGAGGAAGAGGGCAUCAGUCAGCCUAAAUGGUUGGAGGAGUUCCCAGUGACUGGUGUCCCUGUGAAGAGUGAAGAUGAUGAGGUGAAAGGUGAAAGUGAGGAGAGGGGAGGGGGGGAGCCUCCAAGCAGCAGCUCAACACAACACAUGACAACAGAAGCUGAUGGAGACCACUGUGGAGGAUCACAAGCAGACAAGCUCUUAGCUCCACUAUCAGAUAGUGAGGACACAACGUCACACUCUCCUGACACUGAUGAUGAAGACUCUAAAGAUGAUAAGACAUGUCACACUGACAACACUCACUUCACAUGUUCUCACUGUCACAAAACCUUUAAAUACCAUAGUUCUCUGAAAUUACACAUAAGAUCACACACUGGAGAAAAACCUUUUUCUUGUUCACUCUGUAGUAAAGGUUUUACACAACGUCAGAAUUUGAAAGUACACAUGAGAACACACACUGGUGAAAAAACUUUUUCCUGUACAAUCUGUAGUGAAGGUUUUGUAGAAAGUCGCAAUUUGAAAAAACACAUGAGGACACACACUGGAGAAAGACCUUUUGUUUGUUCAACCUGUGGUAAAGGUUUGGCAGACAGUAACAAUUUGAAAAGACACAUGAGAACACACACUGGUGAAAAGCCUUUUUCCUGUUCAACCUGUGGUAAAGGUUUUACACAAAGUCAACAUUUGAAAAGACACAUGAGGACACACACCGGUGAAAAACCUUUUUCUUGUUCAAUCUGUGGUAAAGGUUUUACACAAAGUAGUAGUUUGAAAACACACAUGAGAACACACACUGGUGAAAAAUCGCAUUCCUGUUGAAUCUGCAACAGAAGCUUUUGUUGACGAUCAAAGCUUGUAGCACACAUGAGAAGACACCCAGGAGAGAAAGUGUUGAGUUGCAGUGUGUGUGGUGAAAGAUUGUCUUCUAAGUACCAGUGUAAGAAACACAAGUGUGCUGGUGAGAACAGCAGCAGCAAAUGAAACUGCAGGAUUUGAAAUAAACUCUCAAGACUUUCA